UGAUCCGACCGUUCCGAUGUCUUGCUAUUCUAGCGUCCUCAUUUCCGGUGUACGCCCUCUCAGGGAUGUGUUCUCUUCGAAAAAGCCAUGUCGAAGCAGCAAGACGUCGCAACCUACUUCCUUUAAUGCUGCUACUAGGCCUCACCUCGCGAGAUAAUUCCAUACAUCUUGUUAAACACACUGAAAGGCAACUAUCAAGUUUCUUUACUCCACCCAGGUCAGAUCAAUCGACAAAAUGGAUACAACUGGAACGAUGGCGACCCUUAUCAUGGCCAAUACAUCAGCGCCAUAUCACGCAUCGAUGCCCGCCGUCCAUUUUUUCGAGGAAUAUCUGGCUACCAUAAGCGGUUGGCAAAUUGCUGCCACUACUUUAUUAGUUCUUAUAGCAUAUGAUCAGUUCAUCUACAUCAAGAACAAAGGAUCAAUCGCCGGGCCAACGUUCAAGCUGCCAUUCAUUGGCCCAUUUCUUCAAGUAUUAGAUCCGAAGUUCGAAGCCUACAAGAAGCAGUUCGCCAGCGGCAAGCUAAGUUGUGUAUCUGUCUUCCACAAAUUCGUUGUCCUCGCCUCCGACCGUGAUCUGGCACGCAAAGUCUUUAACUCCCCCACUUUUGUCAAACCAUGCGUUGUGCCAGUUGCCGAAGACCUCAUGGGUUCCAACGCCUGGGUAUUCCUCGACGGAAAAGCCCACGUCGACUUCCGCAAAGGGUUGAACGGUCUCUUCACCCGCAAAGCGCUCGAGUCUUACCUCCCUACUCAAGAAAAUGUGUUAUCUCAUUACUUCAGCCAAUUCGUUCGGGCGAGUAGAGACAACGGUGGGAAUCCCAUGCCAUUCAUGGGUCACUUCCGAGAGAUCAAUUGCGCUCUCUCGUGCCGCACAUUCGUCGGCCACUACAUAUCGGAUGAGGCAGUGAAGAAGAUUGCAGACGAUUACUACUGCAUCACUGCAGCGCUCGAGCUUGUCAACGUCCCUCUCUCGCUAUACGUUCCAUACACAAAGGUCUGGCGGGGCAAACGGGCGGCGGAUGGUGUGCUUGCCGAGUUCGCAAAAUGUGCUGCGAAAAGCAAGGUCCAUAUGACUGCGGGUGGGAAGCCUACAUGCAUCAUUGAUCGGUGGAUUUCAAGCAUGAUUGAGUCGAAACGAUACCGCGAUGAGGCUGCUGCAGGUAUUGAAAACGGCGAGAAGCCAUCUGUUGUCCUGCGCGAGUUCACCGAUUUCGAGAUCGCUCAAACCAUGUUCACGUUCCUAUUCGCAUCUCAAGACGCAUCGAGCAGUGCCACGACGUGGCUCUUUCAAAUCAUGGCACAGCGGCCUGAUAUUCUCGGUCAAGUGCGACAAGAGAAUCUUGAGGCAAGAAACGGAGAUGUGAAUGCACCACUAGGUCUGCAGAUGCUGGAGUCGAUGAUUUACACCAACGCCGUUGUCAAGGAACUUCUGCGGUAUCGACCACCAGUCAUCUUUGUCCCGUAUCUCGCGAAAAAGGCGUUCCCAGUCACACGAACAUACACCGUACCGCAAGGAGCUUUGAUCGUCCCCUCCUGUUAUCCUGCUCUCCAUGAUCCCGAAGUGUAUACGCAGUCCGAUUUGUUUGACCCCGAGCGAUGGAUCUCAGGGGAUGCAAGUGAGAAGAGUAAGAACUGGUUGGUGUUUGGGACAGGACCACAUAAUUGCAUAGCACAGCAAUAUGUGCAACUGACUAUGACGGCGAUGAUUGGGAAGGCGGCAUUGGAGGUAGAUUGGGUUCAUCAUCCUACAGCAAGAUCUGAGGAGAUCAAGGUGUUUGCAACAUUGUUUCCUAUGGAUGAUUGUCCAUUGGUCUUUACCAAGAGGGUUUGAAGUUUUGACGCUAUGAUAGAACGGGAGAGGGUAGACCAUGGUUUCCGAAUAAACCUCCUGUCAAGACAAUCAAAAUGAGUUACUCCGCCGAAAACCCCCUCUCGGGGUUGUUCUUCCUUUGCUACCCCGAAAAUUGUGGAGUGCCCUCCAAUCAGAUGCCUUGCCAUCCCCGCAGG